AUGAAUUUCCAAUGGCUUCUAGUAGUUUGGUUUUGCUUUGGCUCAAGCUAUGGCCAACAGUUCUAUGAUUCCACCUCAUGUUUUUCUAAUAUCACUUCUCCAGGUACAAGAUAUACAUGUACUUCUCCAAAGGAUUCUUGUCAAACGUUCUUGAUUUUUAGAGCUAAUCAAGAUUUCACAACAAUCUCAGAUGUUUCUUACUUAUUUGGGUUUUCUCCUGAUGUACUACUCACCUUAAACAAUGUCACUUCGUCGUCGCAGAUUCUUGAAAUUGGUAGAGAGGUAAUUGUUCCAAUUCAAUGUUCUUGUUUAGGUAAAUUCUUUCAAGCUAAUAUUAGCUACCAUGCACCUACAAACACGAAAUUCGACGACGUUGCUUGUGGAGUUUUUGAAGGUCUAGUUAAAUCCAUAACAAUUUUGGAGGAAAAUAUUUCCAAGAAAACCAAUAUUUCUGAUGUCAAUUAUGAUAUCAAAGCUGGUACAGAGUUGCUUGUGCCUUUGAAAUGUGCAUGUCCUGAUAAAGUUUUUGAUGUUGGAUUAAAGUACCUUGUCACAUACCCUUUUAUUUCAGGAGAUGAUACAGGAAAAGUAAGUGAAAAAUUCAAUAUUUCUGUUGAAGAUAUAUGGGGUGCUAACCAUUUAAGUUUUAAUCCAACUGUUUAUUCAAACACAACAAUUUUAGUUCCCUUAAGAGGAGAACCAUCUAUCAAUUUCAGCAUACAUGAUUCUGAUCCUCCUACUCCUGAUUUUCUACCAACACAAAUGGUAGCAAAAUCAUCCAAAUACCUGAAAUUAAAGAAACUAUAUAUUGCAGUGUCUGUUGUUGGUUUUUUCCUGUUUGCUGCAACUUUAGUUGCUUGUGGUUUAUAUAUAAUGGCCAUAAGGAAAUUCAAGGCAGAGAAAAAUCGUUCUUCGAUACAUAAAAGCUCUGUUACUUCAGGUUCAACACCAAGAAAUUCCCCUCCGACCACUACUAGAAGUUCCACGAAUUCAUGCUUAUCACCUGAUUUACUUGCAGGAAUUAAGUACUCUUUGGGUGAGUACAACAUAGAUGAACUGAAAAAAGCGACGGAUAAUUUUAGUGAAGGAACUAAGAUAAGUGACAAUGUAUACAAGGGUUGUGUUGAUAAUGCUGAAGUAUUGAUCAAGAAAAUAAGAUUUGAGGACACAAAACAAGUAAUUGAUGUACACUCAAGAAUCAAUCAUGUUAAUAUUGUUAAGCUUCGAGGUGUUUGUUAUGGUGAGGAUGACAUUUCAGGAUCUUAUCUUGUGUUUGAAUAUCCAUCAAAUGGCACAUUAAGGGAUUGUUUGUCAAACUCUUUAGCUUCUCUUAGUUGGCACAAAAGAACUCAAAUUGCUUUUGACAUUGCCACAGGGCUACAUUACUUGCACUUUUGCACUAUUCCACCUUAUACACAUAUGAACAUAAAUAGCAAAAAUAUCUUCUUGACUCCGAAUUGGAGGGCAAAGUUGGCUGAAAUUGGAAGUCUCGGCGGCUGGAUUGCCCCCGAACAUCUAGUACAUGGCUCAGUGUCUGAGAAAGUGGACAUUUUUGCGUUUGGGGUAGUAUUACUCGAGCUCAUAUCGGGAAAAGAAGAUGUAGAUGGAAAUUUUUUGAGGGAUUCAAUUACAUUUUUGAGAGGGGGAGCUAAUGAAGGAGGAUGCUUUGAACAAUUGAAAAUUUUCAUUGAUUCAAGCCUUAGGGAAGAUUACCCUUUAGCAGAAGCAUUAUGUUUAGCUGUUUUAGCUAAAGCUUGUAUUGAAGAUGAUCCUUUUCAUAGGCCAUCUAUGGAUGACAUAAUUAAAGUUCUUGCUAGAAUGGUAUGA